AUAUACACACAUAGGUGUGCAGGAGGCAACAGGCAAAAUGCGGAUUCCGCUUAUCGUCCUCCUCCUGCUCUUCAUACUGCAAUUCCACAUGCUACAGCUUUCACAUUCGAAAUCCAUCGUCGGAAAACUCCCUGGAUUUUCCGGCCAGCUUCCCUUCGCUCUCCAAACCGGUUAUAUUGGAGUGGGAGAAAAUGAAGAAGUGCAGUUAUUCUACUAUUUUGUCAAGUCUGAAAGAAAUCCCCAGAGAGAUCCGUUGCUUCUUUAUCUAACUGGUGGCCCAGGAACCUCUGCCAUUAUUCCCUUUCUUUACCAAAUCGGUCCACUUAAUUUCAAAUAUGGCAAUGCAAAUAGAAGUGAAGUAAAAUUGGAAUUGAACCCGUAUUCAUGGACAAAGACGGCUAACAUCAUAUUCAUAGAUCUCCCCGUUGGCACCGGAUUUUCGUAUGCCAAGACGUCCAAAUCGUCAAGGAGCAGCGAUUCCCUUGUAGUUACUCAUGCCUAUGAUUUUAUAAGAAAGUGGCUCCUGGAUCAUCCUACGUUUCUCAGUAAUCCAUUGUACAUUACGGGGAUUUCUUACAUGGGAAUUAUCAUUCCAAAUGUCGUUUCAAGAAUAUACGACGGCAACGAACGAAGGGUUCAACCAAAAUUGAACAUCAAAGGUUUCUUGAUCGUGAAUCCUCUUACUGAUAAGUUCAUAGAUUUCAAUUCGAGAGUUGAAUUUGCCUACCGCUCUGCACUUAUAGACGAUGAAAUCUAUGAGUCGGCAAAAGAAAAUUGCGGGGGGAAAUACGUGUACUUAGAUCCGAACAACACAAUGUGCUUGAAUAGUCUUCAACGCGUAAAUGAGUGCCUUACUCGAAUUAACAUAGCUAACAUCUUAGAGCCGGUUUGCAACGUACAAGAUCCAGAAGCAUUUUGUCGAGAAUCCAUUUAUCUGUAUUCGAAUAUUUGGGCAAACACGAAAGCGGUCCGACAAGCUCUCCACAUUCAUGAGGGAACAGUAGACAAUUGGUUGUUCACGAACAUGAGCAUCCGUGCUUUGUAUGGGAAAAACGACACCAUAUAUUACUCGUACAAUAUCUUCAGCAGUUUGGCCUCCCAUAAACAACUUCUUACCAAAAAUUGUCGAGCUUUGAUCAUCAAUGGUGAUCAUGAUAUGACAUUUCCGUACAUGGGCACGAGGCAAUGGAUAGAUCUUCUUGAUCUUAAAACUAAAAUCUCGUGGAAACCAUGGUUCGUUCGUACUCAGGUCGCAGGAUAUUUCAAGACAUACUCAAAAGCCAAAUACUCUUUGAAAUAUGCGACCAUUAAGGAUGGUGGUCAUGCGGUGGCGUUAUACAAGCCUGAAGAAUCGAUGAUGAUGGUGGAGACAUGGCUCGAUUCUCAUACUAAUUCUAUAAAGUCUUAGAGGUUGUUUGUUCUUUUUUCAGUUAAAUUUUAACCUCACUAACACGUUUGUGUGGAUUAUUGACAUCUGUAUGGAGGUUAUUAUUAAUUGUUGUUUGGUUUUUGUAACAACCACUUCUGA